UUCCGAUCGAAAUAUAGUCUGCCGUGGAUCGUCGGACCGUUCAGUCUUUUUCCGUUCGAACAGUGUUCUCCGAUCUGUGAGGUUGCUCGCACACCUAUUUUUUAAUUCCUUUAAGUUACUAAAUCCAAAAACACAAAUCCAAAAUGGCUGAUGAUGAGGCAAAGAAGGCUAAACAGGCCGAGAUUGAGCGCAAGCGUGCUGAGGUGCGCAAGCGUAUGGAGGAAGCCUCCAAGGCUAAGAAGGCCAAGAAAGGUUUCAUGACACCAGAAAGGAAGAAGAAACUUAGGUUGUUGCUCCGUAAGAAAGCCGCUGAGGAGUUGAAGAAGGAACAGGAACGCAAAGCCGCCGAACGUAGACGCAUCAUUGAAGAGCGUUGCGGUAGCCCCAGAAAUCUCAGCGACGCCAGCGAAGAAACACUUAAAAGUCUUAUCAAGCAACACUAUGACAGGAUUUGUAAAUUGGAGGACCAGAAAUAUGACCUUGAGUAUGUUGUUAAGCGCAAGGAUGUUGAGAUCAACGAUCUCAAUGCCCAAGUCAACGAUCUGCGUGGCAAGUUCGUGAAACCAGCCUUGAAGAAGGUCUCCAAAUAUGAAAACAAAUUCGCCAAGCUCCAAAAGAAGGCCGCCGAAUUCAACUUCCGUAAUCAACUUAAGGUUGUUAAGAAGAAGGAAUUCACAUUGGAGGAAGAAGAGAAGGAGAAAAAGAUAAAAGAUGCUCAAUUAAAGUCAACAGUCAAAAAGUAAAAAACCCGACUGGUCCAAGGGCAAACCCGGUGAUGCUAAGGAUCACGCCCCAGAAACACCAGCAUAAAAUCAUGAUGUACGAGCAAUUUGGCAACAUCGCAACGGGUGUUGUUUUUAGCAGAGAAGCAGCACAGUUAGAACAAUACCAACAACAACAACAAAUAUUUUUAAAUAUAAAGUUAUAUGUUUAUUAAGUGAAAAGAAAAAAAAAACAAAAAAAUAUAUACAGAAACCCGAUUUUUAUUAUUAUUAUAUAUAACAGUAAUAACAAAAGCAACACCACCGAGCAAAAUAUUGGCAACUGGCAACAGCAACGGGGGGAAAGCGGCACAAAUUCGGUAGAAGGCUUAAAAACAAGUGAUUUGCUUUGGAAGUAGACGCUCAGCAUUAACCAGCAGCGGUGUCUACACUUACGCGCAAGCAAUUAGCAUAAUAAAUUGCACACAAAAACUAAUGAUAUAAAUCCCAACACAGAUGAAUUUAGUUAAAACAAAAAUUAUAAAAUAUACUCAUUUAUUAGUAAUGACAAUUUAUCCUAAGAUCGCGUCGAACGAGAUAUUUCGGCGCAUUGUGGUUUCGGAAUGGCAUCUUCUUUAAUUAUUCAAUUUAUAUUUGUAUUCAAUUGUGUUUAUUGUAAAUAUGGUUGACCACACCACACCACAACAACUUACUGAAUGUAAAAACGAGUUAAACCAAGCAAUAAAUGUGAAUUUACUCAAUUGUUGGCAAAGUACAACAAAAACAAA